AGUUGCAAGAGUGUGCGGACGUCUGUCCGGCAAUUGGCGGAAAGCUUAACCAAAAAACCGGAAAAAAUAAAUUCGCUUUAGUGCGGCGGAAACUAAACUUGGGCUAUUUAAGAGUGAAAGUGCAAAAAAGAAAGAACAAAACGGAAGAGGGCAUUAGAAAAGUUUGACACUUUGCUCUCGCCCGUUGAUGCUGUGAACCAAAUUGUGGAUUACAAUGGGCUGUUCUAUCAUUUGGCUGCUGCUCCUGAAAUGCAUUUACUGCAGCAUGGCCAGCUUCUCGGAGCUGAACAAUUCGGAUCCCAAGUUCAGCGGUCCCAUCAACAACUCGACAGUUCCCGUGGGACGAGAUGCCCUCCUGACUUGUGUCGUCCACGACCUGGUUAGCUUCAAAGUGGCCUGGUUGCGAGUGGACACGCAGACCAUUCUGAGCAUCCAGAACCAUGUCAUCACCAAGAACCACCGCAUUGCCAUUUCCCACACGGAGCACCGCAUCUGGCAGCUGAAAAUACGCGAUGUUCAGGAGUCGGAUCGCGGAUGGUACAUGUGCCAAAUCAACACAGAUCCCAUGAAAAGCCAAAUGGGCUACUUAGACGUCGUGGUACCGCCUGACAUUGUCGACUACCAGACAAGCCAGGAUGUGGUCCGCUCCACCGGACAGAAUGUAACGCUGACAUGCAGUGCCACGGGUGUUCCUCUGCCCACCAUUACCUGGCGCCGCGAGGAGACCAUGCCACUUAUGCUGACAAACGACGAUGACCGUGAAAUUUACAGCGUGGAGGGUCAAAACCUGACCCUCUGGCAGGUGCAGCGAUCCCACAUGGGCGCCUACUUAUGCAUCGCCUUCAACGGAGUGCCGCCCACCGUGAGCAAACGGGUAAUGCUGAUCGUGAACUUUGCGCCCACAAUCUGGACGCGAUACGAUACCAUCUAUGUCGGCCUGGGACAGAAACUGACGCUGGAGUGUGUGUCGGAAUCGCAGCCGCCGUCUGUGAACUUUUGGCUGAAGGACUCGGAGCUAGUGCAAGGUGGGUCCUAUGAGUCCGUUACGGUAGAUCAUGUCUACCGGAUUGUGAUGAGAAUCACUCUGCGUCCAGUCACUAAACGCGACUUUGGAGAGUACAAGUGCAGGGCCAAGAAUUCGAUGGGCGAGACGGAUCGCAUUAUCACCGUGCACCACAAAGCCAAAAAGCACGGACAGCACUCCCAUCAGACUGCAUCCCGCGAAAAUCAGUUCAUUGUCAUUGAAGAAUACAUUGCCAACUCAGCCAUGAGGAACCACAGGCUAUUCGUCCUUUGGCUUAUUUUUCCUUGUUUUUUCAAUAAAGUUUCCAGUAUUUAA